UUUGUACAAUGAUGUCAGCAUGCAACGUUCAAGAUGGCGGAAGAAAUAGCCAUUGAAAGUACAAACCUGAUAAAUAUUAUUGUGAAAACAGCUAAAGAUAAAGAGACAAUCUCCGUGGAAGCAACAGCCACGAUAAAAGAGUUUAAGGAGGAGAUCUCAAAGAAGUUCAAGUCACCACCGGAGCAACUCUGCUGUAUAUUUGCCGGGAAAAUUCUUAAAGAUGGCGACACCUUAGAAACACACUCAAUUAAGGAUGGGUUGACUGUGCAUCUUGUAAUACGGUCUGCAAACAAGGCACAGGAGCAAGCGGCCAGUGCAGGUACUGCACCCCCACCAUCAACGGCCACCAGUACGCCUACAAGCAAUGAGCCCACUAGUGGCUCUAACCCAGCUCCCCCAGGUGGCCAGAGUAACCCCUUCCUGUCUGGGCUAGGUGGGUUGAGUGGUCUCAACAAUCUUGGGUUUGGCUCGGCUAACUUCAUGGAGACUCAGCAACAGAUGCAGCAGCAGCUACUGAGCAACCCUGAAAUGAUGCAACAAGUACUGAACAACCCCCUGAUCCAGAACCUAAUGCAGAACCCUGAACUGAUGAGACAGAUGAUAAUGGGAAAUCCAGAGAUGCAGAAUCUCAUUGAGCGCAACCCAGAGAUCAGUCAUGUGUUGAAUAAUCCAGACUUAUUGAGACAGACAAUGGACAUGGCAAGGAAUCCAGCCAUGAUGCAAGAGAUGAUGCGCACACAGGACAGAGCACUCAGUAACCUAGAGAGUAUCCCUGGCGGUUACAAUGCCCUAAGGCGUAUGUACACUGAUAUACAAGAGCCCAUGUUGAAUGCAGCUCAAGAGCAACUCGGUGGAAAUCCCUUCGCUGCUUUAUUCAACAAUCCUGACAAUUCAACAGGCCAGCAGGGGCGUGAGAACACACAACCCCUCCCCAAUCCCUGGGCGCCCGCCUCAAGACCUGCCGGAACCCCAACAACAGGGUCUACCACAACCCCAACCUCAACAGGUACCACUCCAGGUGUAUCAAAUCCAGCCAAUGGUAUUUUCAACACACCAGGCAUGCAAAGCAUGAUGCAACAGGUGUCCAGCAACCCGCAGUUAGUGCAGAACAUGCUUCAGGCACCUUACAUGCAAUCCAUGUUGCAAUCUAUGGCUCGCAAUCCAGAAAUGGCAGAACAGGCCUUGAGAGCAAGUCCGAUGUAUGCUGGAAAUCCCGAGUUACUGCGACAGAUGACCACAAUGCUACCGAAUUUCCUUCAACAGAUGGAGAAUCCUGAGGUGCGCAAUGUAAUGACCAAUCCAAGGGCCAUUCAAGCCAUCAUGCAGAUACAACAAGGCAUGCAGGAACUGCAGUCUGUGGCACCAGGCAUUGUACCAGGACUUAGUGGUGGACUCGGCGCUGGUGGUGUAGGUGCACCUGGCUCAACCACCCCCACGCCCCAAGGAACCACACCCACCGCAGCUCCGACAGACUCAACGAGUAGCACCACUACUACCACGGCUACGGCCAGCACCACGCCCCCUAGCACCACACCCAGCACCACCUCAUCGACGACUACUACCCCAUCCCAAGGCCCAAUGGGAGCACUGGACAGUAACCAGUGGAGUCAGAUCAUGACGCAGAUGCUGGCUAAUUUAGGAGGUGGUGGAACCACGCCACAGGGAUCCAUGACAGCGCAGCAACCGCCAGAGGUGCGUUUCCGCCUACAGCUUGAGCAGCUUUCCAACAUGGGCUUUGUCGACAGGGCUCGGAAUAUACAAGCGCUGAUUUCAACUGGUGGAGAUGUUAAUGCAGCCAUUGAACGUCUACUGGGAUCCUGAUUGAUAGCAUAUAGUGUAUUAAAGCCAGUGGUCAAAGCAUGGUGACUUUGGCCUUUGGUCUUGGUAUUGACCUUAACCCGGAGUGACCUUCAGGGAAGUCUGACCAAGAUCUUGAUGCAAGCAAGUUCAGGGCUUGACUAAAGUUCUUUCAAAUAUAUAAACACAAAGGUGAUUACACUUGUAUUACACUUGUAUUACACUUGUAUUACACUUGUAUUACACUUGUAUUACACUUGUAUUACACUUGUA